AUGGGGCCACCGCAGUACUUGAACAACAUUAGGAAUAGAUUCAAUCAAUCUAAUGUUGAGGACCCUCCAACACCAAAGGAGAUUACCCAGCCAUUCUAUAAUACAGCACAGGAAGUGAUGGCACGAUUGGAGGAGCUGAAGAAGUUGGGCAACGACAGGUACAACAAACAGGACAGGUUGUUCGCAAUAUCAUACUACUCGUUGGCAUUGCAAUGUUAUGAUCAACAUCAACAUCUACAACACUUGAACUCAAUAUUGAAGAGCAACACCAACGAGUUUGAUUCAAUCAAGAAGCUGGUAUCGAUCAUCGCAUCCAAUCUUACUCUUACAUUCAUUCAACAAGGGUGCUCACCUGAAGCGAUCACAACAGCACAUAUGGCAAUAGACUUUGAUCCGACAAAUGUCAAGGCCUUGACCAGACUGGCACAUGCUCUUCACCAGGUUGGCAAACUGGAUGAGGCGGUCCCGCACUACAAGCACGCAUUGGUCAUCGCCACCAACCAAAAGGACAAAGGGUUGUUGGACAUUAUCAAGAGUAGUUUGGGGACUCAUGAUGGUCUGAAGCAGGUUGGUCAGGAAAGCAUGAUUGGAAUCUCAACAAAGAUCGCCAAUGACAAGACAUUUGAGCAGUUCCCAAUCAAGAUGGUGUGGGGAGGUGAUCGACCGAAUGGUGGCAGGAGGAUGGUGGCAUCCAAAGACAUACCAAAGGGCACUGUUGUCUUUCGAGUUGCUCCAUUCGCCACAGCAUUACAAGAAAGUGCUAUACCAUUGUAUUGCACAGGCUGCUACAGAUUCUUAAUAGAAUCCUCCAAAUGUUCAAGGUGCGAUCAGAAGUUUUGUGAGAUGUGCCAGAAGGACGAUGUUAUCAUUCGAGAGCAUAAAGAUUGGUGCUCCAUCUUAAGACCAUACACCACUGACAAAGGGAUCAAAGUCUCUGAGCGUAUUGAGAUCGCCCUCAAAACGACGUUGCGAUCAAUCCAGCAAACGAAUGGCCAUGCCAUCAAACAAAACACUCCAGCAACAUGGCGCAAGGAUGGCCAGCCAUUCAUUUAUGACACAUUUACUGACUUGCACAAUGUGUGGAAUUCACCUCAAUUAAUGUCAGAGAUCUUAGAUCCCGAGGAGGCCAAAUGGACCAGCCUACUCACUCAGAAUAUCCAAAUUGUCAAGGGACCAUCAUUCGUGAGCGACGAGUUCAUUGAUAAUCUCUUCAGAUUAAUCACUCGCAAUAUCAUCUCAAUGACAGACCCGAUCCAACAAACACCCAUUGGAAUGGGCAUCUUCCCAAGCGAGGCACUGGUCAACAGGAGUUGCAUGGCCAACUGCAACUCAUACCUGGACAACCAAGGCAUGUUGGUCUAUCGUAGCAACAGAGCGAUCAAGGCAGGCGAGGAGAUCACAGAUAUCAACUACGAUCCUUUGCUUCCCAUGUGGGAUCGACGUGCCCAGAUGAUGAAAGAGCACAAUCAAUACUGCAUGUGCAAUCACUGCACAACGUUUGACGACCGAGAGUACCGAUGUCCAAAGUGUGGCCAGCCGUUGGACAUGCGCCAUCUGAGAAUAUGGGAGCCUCAGCCAUCGAUCGACUUUGAUGGACGAGUGUUCCAAUGCAGCAAGGGUCACGUGACCAUGGCCACCGUCUACAGAGUACUCGAGAGGAUGGUAGACUUUAAAGACAAACCCGAUUCAUUCUUCACAGUCACCAUUCCAAAAUACUUCCAACAAGAUGGACUGACGUGGAACAAGUUCAAACGUGGUCAAAUCAUGUAUCUAAUGAACGAGUCUCGAAUGUCUGAAGCAGCUGCCAUAAUGAAAACACUCGGUGCUCAUUUCCAGGCUACACUUGGAUCCAAUGCCAAGUAUAUCAUACCCCAUCACUACACAAACAACUACUUGGCACUGGCGCGAUUGACACAAUAUGGGCAUGCAAGCAAGAGGGAGAUCGAAAACAAUAACAAUCAGUACCGAAAACACCUAGAGGACACCAUCCAGCUGUCCACUCAAUUUCCUUGGGCGGUAGAUCUCCUUGUCUUGUUAAUAUAUAAUUUGGUCCAUUAA